GUCACAUUCUUCUUCUUUUCGUCUCAUUUUUUACUAUUAUUGGUUCUUUUUAUUGAUCAAUUAGCAAUAAAAAAAAUUUUAAAAAAAUGGAUUCAAGAAUAUUGAGGCUCUUUUGUUUGGUUUUCUUAGUGUCAUCAUGUUUUAUUAAUUUAUCUAAUGCAGAUGAAUUGAAGCUUAUGGUGAAAGGAGUUACAUCUAUUGCUCAAACAGAUGAUAAUUUCAUAUGUGCAACUUUAGAUUGGUGGCCAGAAAAUAAAUGUGAUUAUAAUCAAUGUCCAUGGGGAAAAGCUGGUUUACUUAAUCUGGAUUUGAAAAACAAGAUUCUUGCAAACGCUGUUAAAGCAUUCAAGCCACUAAGAAUCAGAAUAGGAGGUUCUUUGCAAGAUCAAGUUUACUACAAAGUUGGAAAAUAUCCAAAGCAAUGCUCAAAUUUUGAGAAAAAAUCUGAUGGACUUUUUGGAUUUGGUGAUGGUUGUCUCCACAUGAAUAGAUGGGAUGAAUUGAAUGAUUUAUUCAACCAAACAGGGGCUGCAAUAACAUUUUCAUUCAAUGCUUUACUUGGAAGAAUACCAUCAGAUGAACAUAAUACUCUUUGGGAAGGAGAUUGGAAUCAAUUCAAUGCAAAAUCAUUGAUGAAAUACACUAUCGAAAAGGGAUACAAAAUUGACUCAUAUGAACUAGGUAAUGAGCUUUGUGGAGGAGGAGUUGCUGCAAGAAUAAAGCCUCAUCAAUAUGGCAAAGAUGUCAAGAAAUUGAAGAGACUUGUCACACAUAUGUACCCUAAUCCUGCUGAUAGACCAAAAAUCUUGGCCCCUGGUGGAUUUUAUGAUGAAAAAUGGUUCCAAGAGUUCCUUCUAGCUACCGGACCGGGCGUUGUCGAUGGAUUGACACAUCAUAUUUACAACCUUGGAGCAGGUGUUGAUCCAACUCUACUUGACAAACUUCAGAAUCCAUUUUUCCUUAGCCAAGUAGCUCAAACAUUUAAGAAUGUUGAAAAUGAUGCUAAAUUGUUUUCACCAUCUUCUGGACCUUGGGUUGGUGAAGCUGGUGGAGCUUACAAUAGUGGUGGCAAACACACUUCACACACCUUCGUUAACGGUUUCUGGUACUUGGAUCAACUGGGAAUGACAUCAACUUUCAACCACAAGGUAUACUGCAGACAAUCCUUAAUUGGUGGAAACUAUGGUCUUCUCAACACAACUUCUUUCAUGCCAAAUCCAGACUACUAUGGUGCUCUUCUGUGGCAUAAGGUCAUGGGAAAGAAUGUGCUUUCUGCUACUCAUGAAGGCUCUCCAUACAUCCGCACUUACGCGCAUUGCUCAAAAACAAGUGGCAUUACGGUUCUGCUAAUUAACAUGGAUAAGUCAACUACCUUUGAUGUCUCUGUGGUCGAUGACUUGAAUAUACACCCUGUUGUAUACCCUAAGAGCGUUGAAUCUAUACAUCAAAGAGAAGAGUACCAUUUGACGCCAAAAGAUGGCAACAUUCAAAGUGAUGUGUUGUUGCUAAAUGGCACUCCAUUGAAACUCACUUCCUCAUUGGACAUCCCGGAAAUGAAUCCUAAGCUCGUUGAUCCAACGUUUCCCAUCAGUGUUGCUCCUCAAUCUAUCGUCUUUGCAACUUUGAGAGGGUUCCAGGCUCCUGCUUGUGCAUAGAGAAUUCACAAAAUUAAUUAGUUUAGUUUUUAGAUUAGGAUAAAUACAUUAGAUCCUUCUCAUUAACAUGUUCAGAGAAGUUACAUAUUAAAGUAAUAGUAGUUUACUUUGUUGUUUUAGCAUAGUUGCUUUAUACUACAUUGUCAGUUUUACUUUCUUUAAUUCUUCUAUUGGUUUCUGAUUAAGGAAUUUGCAUCUAUAUAACCUGAAAAGAACUCAAGAUUCUACUUUUUGGACAUACCUAAAGAAUCCCGGUUUUUCGAGUCUCAUACCUGAACUAUCACCAACUAUUGAUAGUUGAGGUGUGUGUGAAAUUUCACGUAUGAAACUCGAAAAAACGAAAGAAUUAACUCUAAAAGGAAUUUGAAUCUCUUCAAAAGAGAAAGCAAACCAUUUAGCAGAAGUA